UUAAAAGCCUUUUUAAUUUCUCGUGUAUGUCGCCCUCGCUUUUCUUUUGUCUCUCUUAAAAACCUAAAUCCAAUGAUUAAGCUUUACCGCUAGUGACAAUGUUAUCGAUCAAAAUCCCUAACCCUAGCUGCUCCUUGGAGCCGUUGAAGAGACCGACUCGUGCUUCUGCUUCUUCAACGGCACUGUCUUUAUCGCCGUCGCUGCGACUCAGGUCGCCUUCUAGCAGUGUCUCUCUCGCCUCUCCGAAGUGGUUAGCACUCGGUUUUAGCUCUCUCGAUAGACGGAUUUCCUUCAAUGAAUCUGUCGUCGCUUUGGCAGCUUCCCACGAGGAAUCCAAGCAUUCCGAAAUAGAAGUGGAGGGAGAAAAUGAUAAAGUGGAAAUGGGAAGUAAAGAAGAAUCAAAUGAAGCAUGGAAACUAGCUUUAGAAACAUUCAAAGAGCAAACUUUGAAGAUGCAAAGCGUGUCUCAAGAAGCUUACGAAAUUUACUCCAAGAAAGCUUUGGUUACUCUGAAAGAGACUUCGGAGCAGCUUAAGAUUCAAGCAGAAAAGGCCAAAGAUGAUUUGACUGAAAUAGCAAAAGAAAUCAGUGAAGAAGGCAAAGUCUACCUCUCAACGGCAGCCGAGAAUUCCCCUCCACAAGUCAAAGAAAUUGUCGAAACAUUCUCUUCGUCUGCCGAUGAUAUCAAUGACGUUUCCAGUGUUCUCGACUUUCACGUUGGGGUACCUUAUGGUUUCACUCUUUCAGUUUGGGGAUUCCUUUGUUUCAUGGUGACAGGGAGCAUUUCUGCCAUUAGGUUCGGUGUAAUUCUAGGUGGAGCUCUUUUGGCAUUAAGUUUAUCAAGUUUAAAAUCAUAUAAAAGAGGAGAGUCUUCUCCUCUUGCCACCAAAGGACAAGCAGUCAUCGCAUCUGUAAUAUUUAUGAGGGAGUUAAGCUUGCUGAUUCGGAGAUCAAAUCUGGGCACCUUUCUCACAACCUUAGUCAGUGGUGCAGUGGUGGCAUUCUAUAUCUAUAAGCUUCUACCAAAUGACAAGCCAAGAUCGGAACCUGGGAGAGAACACUGAUGUGCUCUUUUGAGGGAGGAAAAUAUAUGCAUAUACUGCAUCAUUUUGGCUAUGAAGAAAGCGGAAUUAAUACCACAAGAACAAAGUACAAGCUCUUGGUGCUGUCGAAUUUAGAAUUUUAAGUCUUUGUGAGACUUAGUUUGUUGUUUUAUAACGUGUUGUGAAUCCAUUAGGAUGAUGACAUGAGUGGUAGUUUGAAGAAUGGAGUGGAGUGCUUGGCGAUGAAAAAAAUUAUUUUGUUCUUCCCCUAUGUCCAUCAGAAGCUUUAAAUAAUAAUUGUCCGUUUCUUUCCA